AUGAGCAGAAAUAUACCGAAAACCUCAUGGGGAGACAGGUGUCGCGCCUGUUUCUGCUGGGUAUGCACCCCUUUGGGAGCUUGUAUCACCCUCUACGGCCUAAAUGUGAUUGCAUGGGGAGGAAUGCUCUUCCUCCUCAUGUGCAAUGCAGCCCCCGCAAUGUGUCACCCAAGCUGCGACAGCAUUGACUCACCACGUCGCAUCUGGAUUGAGAUUGACUCUCAAAUUUUGAACGCUUUGUUCUGCGUCACUGGCCUCGGACUAGCCCCGUGGCGUAUUCGCGACUUCUACCAGUGGUGUCUCUGGCGAUUGGGCCGCUCGAAAAGAAUUCGACAGAAAGGGCUUGAUCGCUUGGCCGAGAUUCAUAAGAAUUGGUUUCUCAAGUCCCAAGAACAGAGCACACUCCCCACCAAAGCUCCGCCAAAUGAUCCAGCAGAACAAGCCACGCCCACCCCACUAUGGAAAAUGGACGUUGUGGUGUGGGGUAAUGUCCUUAACACCAUUUUUCAGAUCUGCUUAGCCGUCUGCAUGUGGGCGUGGAAUCGAUUCGAUCGGCCGAGUUGGGCAACUGGUCUCUUUGUGGGCCUUGCUUGCGUUGUCGCUGGGGUUGCUGGAAUUUUGAUGUGGUUGGAGAAAAAACGAGUCAAGAAAGCUAGUGAACACCCCGGUGCUCUUCUUUUGAUCCCUCGUGCUAUGUUUUCAACUUCACCAGGCGAAAGAGGUGGUUAG